AAUUGCAAAAUUCCUUUGGAAUCCGGCUUAUUUGAUAUAGCAGAAUUAGCAUUCGACUUUAUUUUGUUAUUGCGGCUUUUGGUUAUAAUAAGUAAACAAUAUGAGUUCUGGAUGUUCUGAUGAUGAGCAAGGGGAUACUGUAUUCCAACCAAUUACCAAAAGUCACUGUGCUGCUUAUUUAAAAGAGAACGUUCGGACCGUUGCCAUGCUAAAACAAUGUUUAAGAGAGGUUAUUAAAGAAAAACCGCAACAUCCUAUUGAUUUUCUAAAAGGUUAUUUAAAUAUUGAGGGUAAUCGUGAAAAAAUGCUUCGUCUUAUCGACCAGCAAGUGAAAGAAUACGAAAAGGAACAAGAACUUUCUGCUCAUGAUCAAGUUACCCAGCUGGAUAGCGAUGUCAACAGUUUCAUUUCUAUUGCCGAUAUAUUUCCUUGAUAUAUGAUUGGUACUCAUCGGAAUGAUCUUUUAUUCGCACAAAACCAUACUGCUCAAUUAGAUGCUGCACUUUUUAAAAACAUUAUACUUUUUACUAUGCUAUCCCAAUCUUGCUAAACAUUAUGUAAUGCUUUAGACUGUAUUACCUUUGCAUACAUUACACAUCUUUAAACUAUAGCAGUUUUGGAAGAACCUAAAUAUAGCUUCUACUAAUGUUCAUAUCUCUAGUUAAUGAAUUAAGUAAACUAUAAAAAA